CUCGUAAAAAAAACAAACAAAGAAUCAUACAAUGGCCGCGAUUCCUCUCCUUCUCCUCUUCCUCUCUGUUUCCUCCUCCUCUGUUAACGGAAACAAUACUGCACCUGCCGUCGAUUGCUCCGCUGCGAUGCCACCCUUGGUGAAGUGUUUGCCUUUUGUGACGAACGGGAGUCAUGUGGAAAAACCAGAAGACUCGUGCUGCUCCGGUCUCAAAACCGUGCUCGACACGAAACCUGAUUGUCUGUGCGAAGCGUUGAAGAAAAGUAAAGAGAUGGGAAUCAGUCUGAACUUCACUAAAUCCGCCACUCUUCCCGCUGCUUGCAAACUUACGACUACAACUUCUUGUUCAUUGUUUGCUAAACCUCCUGUUGCUAGUGCGCCAGCUCCAGUUCCUGCUGCUGGACCACUAAAUGGAUCGGGACCAGGUUCGAGUUCUGCUCCAGCACCAAGCCCUUCUCGUAGUAACCGUGGAUCUUCAGUCUCUGUCUUGCCAUUUGCAAUCAGCGGCGUGUUGGUCAUAUUGUUCGCUCUUGUCUAACACCCCUAUACCUUUUUAGUUUAAGAGUUCGCUUUUAUCUUGUGAGUAAACCAUGGAGUUCUCUUGCUGAGAGUACAGCUUAUUUUUAGUUAUGAUAUUAUCAAGACUUGGUUUAAAUGUGUGCUCUGUCACACAUUCGUCUUUUAUAUUAUUUAAAUUGAGUGG